CCCUGGCAGUCGAAAAUGAAGCUCACACUGUCCUGCUUGCUCGCUCUGUUGGCUCUCACCACCGCUGAUUCGGUGAGUGAAGUGCCUGAAGAUGAGGCACUGAUUCAUCUGCAGCUGCAGCCGGAGGAUGACCUGUUCCCCUGCUGUGAUGGCACAGAAGAGAUCAGCCAGAGUUCCUCCAAUGACACGCCUGCACCUGAGCGAACUGUUUGCCAGCCAUGCAGCACUGGUUCUCAGAUGACCCCCACCACCAGAGGGGAUGUAACCAGUGAGGAGGACGACAAAGAAGUGGUUUCGGGUGAAGCAGCUGAAGGGUUGAGUGAAGAGCAGGAGGAUGAAAGCCAGGAGGUGUUGGAGGAGGAGGACCAGGAGGUAGCAGAUGUUUCACAUGUGGCUGAUUCGGACUCGGUUGAAGAAGUAUCUGAAGAAGCCAAGACUGUGGAGGAGGAUGAGGAGGACAAUGAAUUUCCUGAAGAAGAGGAUGAGGAAGAGGUGACCAAGGAAGAACCUGUGGAGGAGGAAUCUCAGGAACAGGAAGAAUCCAUGGAGAGUGACACCAUCUCUGGAAAGUUAAUGGCAGAAGCUGCACCUGUAAACAAAGCCAAAGUUCCAGCAGACACUAAAGUAUCAGUAGAAGACAAAAUUCUGGCUGCUGAGGAACCAGACGUUGCACAAACUAAGGAGUCUGUGGAGGUGGAUAAGGUUGUAGAAGAGUCGACUAUUGCUGAGCUUGUACAAGAACCAGGACAGGAAGCAUGGACUGAUCCUCCUGCUAAGGAGAAGCAACCAGUUACAAAGGAGUCUGUGUCAGACAAGCCAGCACACAAAAGCAAAGUGAAAGGCAAGAAGCCUCCAGGAAGUCCUAAGAUGAGGGACCGGUCUCACAUUGACAACACUCUACAUCUGGCUACACCUGACCCUGCUCAGCGCUUUUCAGCCAUCGUGAAGAAGCUGCAACACGUUUACCACACAGCCAUCAAGCCUUUGGAGGAGGCGUACAAAUACAAGGAGCUCAGACAGCACGAGGUCUCAGAUGCUGAGAUUGCCUCCAAACCCAUGGUGCUGUUUCUGGGCCCCUGGAGUGUCGGCAAGUCCACCAUGAUCAACUACCUGCUGGAUCUGCACAACAAACCACAAGAACUCUACACAGGUGCUGAGCCCACUACCUCCGAGUAUAUGGUAAUAAUGCACGGUGAGAAAGUGCGCACCAUCGAGGGCAUCGUUAUGGCCACAGACACUUCCCGCUCCUUCUCGACCCUGGAGAAGUUUGGCCAGAGUUUCCUGGAGAAGCUGGUGGGUAUCGAGAUGCCACACAAGCUGCUGGAGCGUGUCACGCUGGUGGAUACGCCAGGGAUCAUCGAGAACCGCAAGCAGCAGGAGAGAGGUUAUCCAUAUAACGAGGUGUGCCAGUGGUUCAUUGAUCGAGCAGACCUGAUCUUCCUGGUUUUCGACCCGACUAAGUUGGAUGUGGGCUUGGAGCUGGAGACACUUUUCAGGCAAAUGAAGGGGCGUGAAUCACAAAUCCGCAUCAUCCUGAACAAAGCUGACAGCCUGGUGCCACAGGAGCUGAUGCGUGUGUAUGGUGCUCUCUUCUGGAGCCUGGCUCCACUGAUCAAUGUGACGGAGCCGCCACGUGUCUACGUCGGUUCAUUCAGGGCUCAGGACUACACACUCGAUGCUUCCCAAAAACUCUUCAUUCAUGAGGAGAUCUCCCUCCUGGAGGACCUAAAGCAGGCCAUCGAGAACCAGCUGGAGAACAAGAUUGCCUUUCUGCGACGCCACGCCAUCCGUGUUCGUGUUCAUGCUCUCCUGGUUGACCGUUAUCUCCAAACCUACCACGAGAAGGUUGGCUGGUUUGGCGACCCACAUGAGGUGAUGGAGGAAAUCAUCGCUGACCCUGACCGGUUCUACAUCUACAAAUCAGUGCUGGCCAAAACCAAUGUGAGCAAGUUUGAUCUGCCAGCCCCAGAGAUAUACCAGGACUUUUUCAACGUGAACGCACUGGGAGAAUUCAAGCUGCUGCAGAAGCAGUGUGGCUGGCGGGGUGGCUGCUUGUUGGAGAAGAUUGAGAGCGCCAUCACACAGGAGCUGCCCACUCUGUUGGCCAGCCUCGGCAAAACUGAAGAGAAGCCCAAGGCCGAAGAGAAGCCCAAGGUCGAGGAGAAGCCCAAGGUCGAGGAGAAGCCCAAGAACCCCUGGAGGAGGCAGUGAAGGAGGUAGUGUGGGACAGGACAGGGGGUGGAGGCAGGGAUUAGUAUAUUUGGGUUGCACAAGUUUUCAUCCAUGCUGGACUCAGGGUAUCAAGCCAGUAAAAGUGUGAAUAAAGUAUCCAAGGUGUUAAUUAAGAAACAGAAAUUUAAUAAAAAAUGAGUGAACGAAUAGUGGAUUUAGUGGACGGACGGACGGACGGAUGAUCAGUGGGUGUAUGAAUGACUGGCUGUUGGAUAAAAAAAAAUGAACAGGGACUACCUUGGUAGAAAAUUUUUAAUCACACAAUGCAUCAGGAUUUUCUGAUCUUAUUCAUUUUUUUAAAGUGUCAGUUAAUCUAUCCAGAUCACAUCUCCCUUUUCAAACUUCACAUUUCUGAGUAGUUAAUUUUGAUGAACGUAUGUAGCUCUGCAUGUGAAAUGUAACUUCUAAUUAAAGCUUUCCUGUUCUA